ACCAAUCUUGUUGAGAGAGUUAAAUCUGCAUUUAUCCAAAAAGAAAGUAUCGUCCGAACAAUGGUUCAUCUAAAUGGUUGCGUUAGUUAGUAUCGUUGAACGUUGGUUCUUUCUUUAUGAAGACUGAUGUCAUUUGACUGGGUCAUAUGGCAGAGGGGUUUUCCCCAACGCCAAUCGUCAGUAGUAAUUUAAACAUAAAGGAGAUGAGAGAAGAAUGGUUUUGUUAUGUGAGAAUGGAGUGCACGUUCAAGUAGUAGUGGUCCUCCAUGAAUUAAUCGUUCUGUGGAAAAUGGCCCUGUGUCUGCCAUCUAUAUCUCUCUAUGCACACUUCGAGGGUUUCAUCAGGUCUCUUGCGGAGAGAGAGAGAUGGGGAUGGGAACGGCGGUGUUGGUGAUUAUGGCACUGCUUGUGGUGAGGAUGGGAGGCGCCGAUUCAGUUUCGGCUUGGGAGGACGGUAAGGUGAUUCACGUCGGUGGAAGAGUGCUCUGCCAGGAUUGCACCAAGGGCUACGAUGAAUGGGUUCGGGGUGGACAUCCUAUUAAAGGAGCCAAGGUCUCACUCACUUGCAUGGACCAAAGGCACAGAGUGAUAUUCUAUGGAAGCGAUGACACCGAUGGAGCCGGCCAAUUCUACAUGAUCGUGAACAAGUACAUCAACGGAAAGCAACUCAAUGAGAAACUGUGCUCCGUGAGGCUCGUGUCGUCCCCGGACCCGACGUGCGCCGUUGCCACCGACUUUGCCGGCGGAUGCCGAGGAGUCGAACUCAGCCGCCCCAGCUCCGUGUACCGCAAAGUCAUUAAGUACACUGUUGGACCGCUGUAUUACACAUCUCCCAUGUGUGAGAAACCUGAAAUUGAAUGAGAAUGGAGUUGCCAAGUGACAUCGGGCGAAGAAGUUGCCCAUGUUUCUUCCUCCUCGUGUUCCGA